GGUCACUGCAGUGAUACACACUUGUGGUUUAGCCAGCCGUCAUGGUUGUGCCAGCAUUAUUGCUGGUUUUUGCAUGGACGCUAACAAGCCCAGUCAGAGCGCUUCAGAUCGACUGCUUCUUUUGCAACAAGACGGGAUCGGGAUGCGACUUCACACUGGACAACUACUACGACAACGUCGUCGAUCAACGCCCAUGUGGAAAGAACGAGACUUGCAUUGUGUCCGACAUUCAGGGUCUCGGGAUAGCGCGAGGCUGCCAGGAGGACUGUUUGCGUUUCUGCUCAAACCAUGGCAGUCGUUGCACAUGCUGUAUGGAGAAUCUGUGCAAUGUAGGAAAUUGGAGCCUCUACAAGCCGUCGAUAGUUGGUGUUCAAAUGAGCCCAUAUCCUUACCAAAUGCGGUGCAACUCGACGAAUAAGUUUUACUGGAAUUGGCAGUACUGCGAUGGAGAUGCAGAGUGCAAGGAUGGCAGCGAUGAAAUCAAUUGCACUACUCCAGCAACAGCCGUUACUCCUACAUAUCCACAGACAGGAUUUCCAGAUGAAGGAUGUGACUUCGAGAGCAGCUGCAGCUGGGAGAAUAGGAAUGUGACCGGUGGCCUUGUGUGGACCAACAAUUCUGGUAGCACUGCGUCUAUUGAAACAGGUCCGGGUGCUGAUCACACAAGAGGAGAUGCUCUAGGGUCGUACUUGCAUAUUGAGACGAGUGGUGUUGAUGUGAAUGCCUCAGCUCUAUAUCGAAGUAGUCUAUAUCAAUUUUCAACAGCUUCUUGUCUUUUUCGUUUUGCAUAUCACAUGAUUGGCACCAACAUUGGGACACUAGAGGUCAGAGCUGUGAACAGCACGGGUGAUGUGCUGUAUCAGUGGCAACGAGUUGGGCAACAAUCGGACCGAUGGAUUCUUGGAGGAUUACCAUUGCCAAGCAUUAAGUCUUCUUUCAGAAUUGAGAUUCAAGCAACUCACACGUCAGGGUUUCAAGGAGAUAUAGCUAUUGAUGAUCUGGAGUUUAUCAACUGCGAUCCUGCAUUUGUUGUUUCAAAGUGUGGUGAAAACCAGCUGCCUUGCAAGAAAACAGGGCUUUGUGUUGAUGCUUUACGCUUAUGUGACUUUGUUGAUGACUGUCUUGAUGGCACUGAUGAAGACCCAACAGUUUGUGCUGGUCCUCAAGAGUGUAACACAGGUGUUGGUGGAGCUCCUGGUUAUUGCACUUUGGACAAGAACUUGUGUGGGUGGCAGGUUAUAGAAACCCCUUCAGGAUUUCACUGGCAGACAGAUACUGCCUUUACAGUAUCUCUAGAUACAGGACCAGAAGCAGAUCAUACAAACGGGAAAGGUGUUUAUCUUCACUUGGAGACUUCUGCACCUGCACAGCAAGGGGACAUUGCUGGUUUACGAAGUCGUAUCUUCAACCCACCAUACAGUUAUGACUGCCACUUUCGAUUUUAUUACAACAUGUUUGGAGCAUCAACCGGAAUUCUAAGAGUUUACUUGGUCAAUGUUGACAUGAAUGGCAAACAGAAAGAGAAACAGCUUGUAUUUGUUCGACUUGGGCCACAAGGGUUUGACUGGGAGAGAGCAGAAGUUAACAUUCAUACUGACAGUUACUUUAUGCUUGAAAUUGAAGGUGUGAGAGGUUCAUCAUUUACAGGGGACAUUGCCAUUGAUGAUUUUUCGUUUAGCCUUGGAUGUGCUGAACAAGCUGCUUUCCAGCCUGCAGAACAAGUUGUAACCAGUCCAUCGUGUGACUUUGAAACUGAUUCAUGUUACUGGAGCAACAGUGAGAGGAAUGUGCUCUUCUGGAGACGAAACCAGGGCGCCACUGAAAGUAUAGAGACAGGGCCAUCAGUGGAUCACACAUUUGACAAUGAAACAGGAUAUUACAUCUAUGUUGAGAUGUCAGACCAGGGUUCUACGUUGUCAGUUGGAGAACAAGGACGUUUUUACAGCCCAUUGUUAAACUACACAAAUGACAGUGCAGCGAUGUUUUUUUGGUAUCACAUGCUGGGGAAGGGUGUUGGUUGCUUUGACAUUGAAGUUCUUUGCUACGAUGACCCUGAGUGUGAUCCUGUAUUAACUAAACGAGUUUGGCAGACAUGUGGAGAUCAGGGAGUUAAUUGGCUUCCAGAUUUUGUCAGGACAGAUGUUUGUAAGAGUGGCAAUAUAUUCCGAAUUGCACUUGUUGCUACUUUUUCAUAUGAGUAUAUCUACUGGGGUGAAUACAGUGACAUUGCAGUUGACGAUAUAUGGUUUGGUCCUAUUCCACCACCUCCUCCUUGUGGAAAUGACUUUGACUGUGGCAAUGGCACUUGUGUUACAAAGAGACUCGUAUGUGAUUUCAAACCAGACUGCCAGAAUGGCGCUGAUGAAGAUUUUUGUUCAUAUGAUUGCGAUUUUGAUGUUGGUUGGUGUAACUGGAAAAGGAGGCGACGAGAAGACUAUGACUUUAUGUUUGAGCGGCAGUCAACAGCAAGAUUAGUGACAAACCUAACAGGUCCAGCCAGUGAUCGUUCAGGAAAUGGUCUGUAUGCUGUUGCUAGUGUACAGCAUGGAGCUAUUAUUCGAGGCACACACACUGACUUGUACAGCACCGUGUUUGCUGAAACUGGGUUCAACUGCACAGUCUCAUUUUGGUAUCACAUGUUUGGGGAAGACGUCGGUAACCUUGCUGUAAAUGUAAAGACCCCUCAACGACUGCAACAUGUUUGGCAUAUCCUUGGUGAUCAAGGGAAUAUGUGGCAUCAAGCAAAUGUUACUAUUGGCAGACGGUUUGAAUUUGAACUCAUUUUUGAAGUGACUUCAGGACCUGAUUUCACAGACACAGUUGGCUACCAAGGAGACAUAGCUAUAGACGAUGUGUCAUUUUCGAAUUGCUUGGCAGAGCCUAACAGAAGGUGUCGAGAAAAUGAGUUCAUUUGUUCUAAUGGACACUGUAUCAAUUCCGACUAUGUCUGUGAUUAUGAACAUGACUGUCAUGAUGGAAGUGAUGAAAUCAACUGCCCUUAUGUUGACGGGCGUUGUGAUUUUCAAGAAACUGGGUGUGGUUGGCUAACUGUAGAAUCACCAACUGUGUGGUUUCUUGAUAGAGAAAAGACAAUAUCUACUGCAACAGGUCCAAGUUUUGACCACACAUAUCAGAACAAUUCAGGAUAUUAUGUAUAUGCUGAAUCAUCUUCUCCAAGACCAAAUGGUGGUUCUGUGUUCAGUCUUGUGUAUCAAAACUCAUUCCCAGCUGUUAUCGAUGGCAGUUGUAAAUUUCGUUUCUGGUACCAUAUGUAUGGCUAUCACAUGGGAAAGCUUGAAGUGGUUUUAAGUCAAGUAAAUCCAUUCACUUCAGAGACUAUAUCAAGAACAGUUAUCUGGUCUAAGGAAGGAGAUCAGGGCAAUCGAUGGCACCGAGAUUUUGUCAGCGUUAACAGCUCUGUUAGUUACGAACUGUCAGUGGUCGCAAAUUUGGGACCUUCAUUUCUUUCUGAUAUGGCGCUUGAUGAUAUUUCACCAACAUUAGGUUGUCAGUUGGGAGCUCCACCUCCUUGUUCUGUUGGGCAGUCAGUUUGCAAAAGUGGUCAGUGUUUAUGGAGUUCUUGGUUUUGUGAUGGAGAUAAUGACUGUGGAGACAACUCUGAUGAAACCAACUGCAGAGUUUCUCGAGAUUGUGGAAUAUUUCAGGGAAAGUGUCGGAAUGGCACUAGCUGUAUUCCAUUUACAGUGGUGUGUGAUGGAAACAAGGACUGUACAGACGGCGCUGAUGAGGCAUUCUGUACAAAUGGCACUUGCUCUUCACAGCGCAUGUUUAGCUGUGCUAAAGGUGGCUGCCUUACUUGGACAAAAGUUUGUGAUUUUGUGGAAGACUGUCCUGGAGGAUCAGAUGAGAAUUUAGCCAGUUGCAGUCAGCACAGCACGUACUGCAAUUUUGAGACCGGACUUUGCGAUUGGUCUAAUGUUCAAGGUGGCGAUAACUUUGACUGGUGGUCAACUAAGAACGCAUUAAACAAUUCAGGAUACUUUAUGGUGGCCGAUCAAACUCACUAUAACAGUGGUCAGAAGACUGUUUUGAGGAGUCGAAUGUUUGAUGUUCCAGCAGCAAGUGGCUGUCAAGUAACGUACUCUUACUAUUUGCGUGCUGGUACUGGAAGUAGUCUACAAGUAUAUGCUGUAUCUACUGGACGUUCGAAGAUACUUGUUGAUACCGCAGUUGGUGGUGUCAGUAAGUGGCAAACUCGAAAGGCAGUUGUUACUACUUCAUUCCAAUAUCAGCUUGAAUUUGUUGCAACAUUGGGAGAUUCUGAAGGGGGUGAUGUGGGACUUGACAGUAUUUCUCAGGGUCCAGGAUGUUCACGUAAAGUGCAUGUACCUGACUCAUCAUCUCGUGUUUUAAUCGAUGCUGAUUGUGAUUUUGAGUCAAGUCUUUGUAUAUGGGAGAAUGAGUGGGGUCAAGACUUGAACUGGAUUCGCCAUCGUGGUCUGACAAACACUGCUGCUAAGAAUCCUCAGUACCCAACUGGUCCAACUCAUGAUCAUACACUGUACAGUGACACAGGCUUCUAUUUAUACAUUGACAGCUCUUUGGAUGACAAUGGUGUUGCUUCAAUUACAUCUCCGAUGCUGCAUUACAAUACAACUAUAAGGCGUCUGACUUUUUGGUAUUAUAUGUAUGGUGAAAACGUUAGUUGUCUAGAGGUUGUUUUUCUCUGUGGAGCAAACUUUGAACAUGUUGCAUGGAAACUAUGUGGAAAUCAGCAAUCUUCAUGGAAGCAGGCCCAAGUUGUUACUCCGUCUUUGUGUCUACACUAUGGUGUGAAAAUCAAAGCAACCACAAAUGGUGGAAAGAUGGGAGACAUAGCAAUUGAUGACAUUAAGUUUGAUAGUGAAACCACCGCAGCUCCUCCGUGUGGCACUGGCUUUCAGUGUAGAGAUUAUUGGUGCAUAGAUGAACACUUUGUUUGUGAUUUUCUUCGUCACUGUUCGGAUGGUUCAGAUGAGCGAGAUUGCACAACGAAUUGUACUUUUGAAAAGGACAUGUGCAACUGGAGGCCAGUACCUGUGUCUGGAGAAUAUUUUUGGGAAAGAGCGACAGUGUUUGAUCAUUUAGUUGGUUUGUUUGGCGGGCCAGUUGGUGAUCACACAACGCAGCAGACUUCUGGGUACUUUGCUGCAGCUGAUUCGUAUCUAUCAGCUUUUGACGUGCAAGCUGAAUUGCGUUCUAAGCCAUUUGGUCGCAGUGGUGAUGAAUGUGUUAUGAAAUUUUACUAUCAUCUUUAUGACACAGCAGCCAACUCUCUUGUUGUCUUUGUACGUGGUAGUGGAACAGGAGGGUCACUGGACAGUUACAAGUGGUCAUUCCAUGACAAUUCAAAUGACACUGUUUGGCAUCUUGCAACUGUCCCAAUUGGUCAUCAUCAUGAUUUUGAAAUUGUCUUUCAAACUCGAUCCGGCAUUAAUUUUGAUGGAACCGUUGCAGUUGAUGACAUAACAUUCGAGAACUGUGCUGACGAUGGGCAUGAGAAUGAAACAUGUGCGAGUGGUCAACUAUACUGUUCAACAGGUGAGUGUGUUGACAAAACACACGUUUGCGACUACGGCUUCGACUGUGGAAAUCAUUCAGACGAAUACAACUGUCCUAUUGUCAGUGGUCGAUGUGCAUUUGACAAUAGUGACAGUUGUGGAUGGCGCAACAAUGCUAGAGAUUCUACAUAUCUAUGGUAUAUUGCUCAAGGUAGCACACCAAGCAUUGGCACAGGACCUAGCACAGACAAGACAACUGGCACAGAAAAUGGUUACUAUGCAUACAUAGAGACAUCAGGUGUUGAACCUGGAGGAGUGUACCGUCUGGUUAGCCCUUGGUAUCCACCAACAUCAGACAACUCAUGCUAUUUUACAUUUUGGUAUCACAUGUUUGGAGAUCACAUUACUACCUUAUCACUUUAUGUGGAGAGUUCAUCUUCGCUGAUUCCUCGACAACUCAUUUGGAGUAAGAAAGGCAAGCAAGGGAAUGCUUGGCUUCGAGGCGAGGUUGUUGACAUCACAGCAGCUGUGAGAUGGCGAUUUGUAUUUGAGUCGAUGAGUGGAGAAAGUUGGCGUGGCGACAUUGCAGUUGAUGGUCUAUCACCUUCUUUGGGUUGUCAAACAGGAACUGCUCCUGCGUGUGAACCUGGCUACUCGCAGUGUUCUCGCUUUGGUGAAUGUCUUCCACGUCGAUGGUUCUGCGAUGGUGUAGUUGACUGCAAUGAUGGAAGUGAUGAGAAUAACUGCCCUGAUCUUCGAACUUCACCAUGUUGGGCAUACAUGACGGAGUGUGCAACACAAAAACUUACUUCAGAUCCUCCUUGUUACUGGAAUGAUUGGUGGUGUGAUGGCACCAGUGACUGCACAGACAAGAGUGAUGAGCAAGGCUGCUCUGUCUCAACUUCUAUUUCAAAUUCUGGAAAGACGUAUCCAUUAAAUUUUAUGUGUACGUUUGAGAAGGAUGAAUGCUAUUGGAUGGAGAGUCACAGUGAUGAUGCUGACUGGCAGAGAAUCCGUGGACCGACUCGAUCAAAUUUGACUGGUCCACAGGUGGAUCAUACUCUUGGGACAGAGGCAGGCUACUACUUGUACAUGGAAGGUAACCGACUUUUACACAACAGUGUUGUGAGGUUGCGAAGUCCUAGAUAUGAAGCAGCUGGCUGGAAUUGCUCGCUAACGUUUGCUUACCACAUGUAUGGCUCAGGAGUUGGCACAUUAGAGGUUCUAGUGACCAGUGCUUCUAAUGGAGUGACCACUGCACCUAAACAGAAAUGGUUGCAAAGAGGAGAUCAAGGCAACCAGUGGUAUGUAGGCAGAGUAGCACUAAGCGAUGCAGCACUGAGUGGACCGUAUCGAGUGAUUUUCAAAGCGACUCGUGGAACAAACACAAAAUCAGACAUUGCACUGGACGACAUCGCGUUUGCUAACUGUGACCCUGAUUUGCCUCAUCCAGAUUGUGAUCGGUAUGACGACUACCAAUGCAGUGAUAGCAGUUGUAUUUCUCGCGAGGAUUUAUGUGACUUUGUGGAAGAUUGUGCCGGUGGUGGUGAUGAACUUCCUGUCGAGUGUGCCAAAGUGUAUGGUCGAUGUGAUUUUGAGAGUUCGAUGUGUGAUUGGACCAACAUCCAUGGAGAUGACUUCAACUGGUUACCAAAAGGGGGUCAAACACCGUCAUCUAAUACAGGUCCUGUUGCAGAUCACACAACAGGAGCGAGUCAUGGUCGGUACCUCUUUAUUGAAGCGAGUGAUCCUCGACAGCCAGGUGAUACAGCCAGGCUGCAGAGUGCUGUCUAUGCUGCUCCACAUAUUAAAGGCAACUGUACCGCUCGCUUUUUCUACCACAUGCUUGGGUCACAGAUUGGACAACUAACAUUAUAUGUUGUGGAGAAUGGACAGCAAGAGAGAGCUAUAUGGAGCAAGAAGGGAAGUCAAUCCAGCACAUGGCAGAAAGCAGUUGUUCCUUUCCAAACUGAUUUUAAUUUUACGUUUAUUUUGGAAGCAGUUGUGAAUGGUAGUGGAGGAGACAUUGCAUUUGAUGACUUCUCUCUUGGUUCCCUGUGUGGUCGUCCUUUAACUGAAGUAUCAAUCGAACCUGUGUUGACUCCCAACUGUGACUUUGAGCAUGACUGUUCUGGUUGGCAACAUUCAAUACAUGAUGUUGGUGCAUUGUGGAUGCGACAUCAAGGAUACACAUCGUCGAUAGUCACUGGUCCACGUAGUGACCACACGUUUAUGAACUCAUCUGGUCAUUACCUUUACAUUGAAGCCAGUUCUGCAAGUUUGCAAAUCGCCAGCUUUGUUAGCCCACUCAUGACCUUCAGUCCUCUAAAUCGGAAAAUAUCUUUUUGGUACUUUAUGUUUGGACGGUCUAUUGGAUGUCUUCAGUUAAGUGCUUUAUGCAAGCAAAGAGGAGAUUCUUCAGUAUUGUGGAUGAAGUGUGAAAACCAAGGCUUUAUUUGGCGGCGUGCAGUGGUUGACUUGUUUCUUCCUGCAUGUGGACAGUUGGAGCUUCACUUCACUGGGGCUCUUGCGCGUGGUUUUCAAGGAGACAUUGCAAUUGAUGAUAUUGAGUUUAAUACAACUUUUGAUGUUCCAACGUGUCCAACUGCUGGGCAGUUUGCAUGUAACAAUCGUAAAUGUAUCAAGCAGAGCCAGAUGUGUGAUUUUAAUGAUGACUGUGGUGACAACUCAGAUGAAACUGUUUGCUCAACUAAUUGCACGUUUGAGAAUGGCAUGUGCAAUUGGUACCCAGCUGUUGAUUCUAACUAUGAGUGGAGACAGCAGCAAGGACCAAUUCCAGGUAACGUGAAUGGCCCUGAUGUGGAUCACACUUUUGGGACAAAACUAGGUUUCUACAUGUACACUGAACAUAGGACUGCAUUUGUGUUUGAUGAACAAGUUGCAUAUCUUGAGUCUACUGUCUUUUCUCGACUUAGUCAAGGAUGUCAGUUGGUGUUUUGGUAUCACUUGCAUGGCAUAGACUUUGGGACGUUGGUGGUUCAAGUGAAGAGCACAACAGGCAGAUUUACUUUGUGGCAUGCGUCUAACAGCACUGGUAGGGGCUGGAAGCAAGCUGUCGUGAACAUUGGUUUACAACACCAAGUGAAGGUUGAGAUAAGUGCCUCUUAUGAUGCAACAGCUGUAAACAACUAUGUUGCAAUUGAUGACAUCAUGCUGAGCAACUGCGAAGCACCUGUACCAACAGCAUGUGCCAAGGGCCAGUACACAUGCAGUAAUGACUACUGCAUCUCGGACGACUUAUUUUGCGACUUCAACAAUGACUGCGGCGAUUCAUCAGAUGAAAUCAAUUGUCCUGCAACUGACUGCUCAUUUGAAAGUGGUACAUGUGGUUGGUUUGUAGACAGUGCACUUGACAGUCAGUGGUAUUUAAGCAGUGGACUGACUCCAUCAGUAUUUACAGGUCCUAGACGUGAUCAUACGUAUGGCAACAGCACAGGUCAUUACCUUCAUAUUGAAGCAAGUGGAGGUACGGCUGGCGAUCGAGCUGUUAUUUCAUUGCGAAACAUUUUUGGACAUGUUGAGACGAACGGGAAAUGCUCUAUUCGUUUCUGGUAUCACAUGUAUGGUGAUAGUAAAGCAGCGCUACAGGUGUACUUGAAGAAUGCAGAUACAGACAAAAGGUCUCGACUUUUGGAGAUUACUGGAGUCAACAGUCCGGUGUGGAAGCGAGCAUCUGUUCCAAUUUACAGCAAUGUUCCCUUUUAUGUUGAAUUGGAAGGAAUUCGUGGUUCAACGUACAGAUCUGAUGUUGCCAUCGAUGAUAUUUCAUUUACUGCUGGUUGCUUUGGUCCUCCAGUUCCUCGUCAGUGCCAACAGUGGCAGUUCAGGUGUGAUAACCUCCACUGCAUCUCAAAGCGUUGGGUAUGUGAUGGUGUUGAUGAUUGCGGUGAUCACAGUGAUGAAGAUUCUUUUGGAUCUGGAAUCAACUGUGCCUUGCCUAGUUCGUUUCCAUCGUUUGGACAUACUGGUGACUGUGAUUUCGAAUCAGGCUACUGCACAUGGAAAAAUGAUUUUCCAACUGAACUUGUCUGGAUUUUACAAUCUGGAUCAACGCCUAGUUCUUUCACAGGCCCACAAGUUGACCACACAAUAGGAACUAGCAUGGGUCAUUAUAUCUAUAUUGAGACAAGUUCAGCAUUUGAAGGCAGUUAUGCUCGCUUGAUCUCACAAGUACAGUCAGCAGCAGAUCAAUUUCUUGGAUGUCGGUUGGAUUUCUAUUAUCAUAUGUAUGGGGGUGACAUUGGCAGCCUGGCUGUUGCAAUUCAGAGACAUGACAACUCACCACUGGAGAUUUUGUGGACUAAGUCUGGUAACCAAGGAUUGACAUGGAUUAAAGGGUCAGUUAGUUUGACUGUUGAGCAGAGCUACAGAGUGGUGUUUCAAGCAACUGCUGGCUCGUCUUUUGCUGGUGAUAUUGCAUUGGAUGAUGUGCAGUUCAAUGAUUGUGGGCCAGGACCAAUUGCCGAGGAGCCUCCUACAUUGGAGCCUGGUGUAGGUUUUGGAGAUUGCUAUUUCAAUUCCUGCCACUGUUGUUGGGGCAACUCUUACUAUUCUGACAAUUUUGAUUGGUCAUUUGGAACCAUAGCUAACUCUGUAAUUAAUGCAACAACUGAUGGCAGCAACAGUGCAAAAGGUGGAUUUAUGUACUUGAAGGACCAGCACGAACAGGAUGUAUCAGACUUUGCUCAUCUUGAGAGCAAAUUGAUGCGUGUCCCAAAAAAGUCUGGUGAAUGCACACUCAGUUUCAAGCUCUAUUCUAAUAAAGUAUCAGCUCCUCGCCGUAUCUUCAACACUCGAAUAACUGUGAACAAGCGUCGUGUGGAUACAUUUGGAGGAAGCUUUAGGGUCACAGAAAUUGUCAAUCGACAGAGAAAUUGGAUGUCUGUAGAACCAAUUGAUCUCUAUUCUUCUAAUACAGCUGGAAGUCACUUUCGAGUUGUAAUUGCUGCACAACGUCAGGCAGGAAACACAGAAGUUCAAACGGCUAUAGAUGACUUGAAGUUCUCUGAUGGUUGCACACAGUAUUUCGUUCAUUCUGGGACGUGUUUUAACAACUACGAUGUUUGUUCACGUUCUCCGUUUCCUGAUUUUCCUGCUGGAAACACUACAGUUGGGAACUGUGCGUUUGAAGGUGAUUCUUGUGGCUGGCAGCUGUCACAGGGUACUGGUGGAUCAACUUGGAAUACCAUGUCAAUGCGAGAUAUCACUGGCUAUCCGGACAACACCGUGCCAAGUCAAGAUGCAUCAGGCAGUGAAGAUGGUCAAGUGAUUUUCAUACCAGCACAAGGGGAUUCUUUCUGGGCACUGAUGGAGAGUCCUCAUGUGGUUUCUGCUGCAGCAUCAAGCAGGAAGAGAAGUCCAAACAGAUGUGAAAUAACCUUUUCCUACAUUUUGUACAGCAACGGUACAACAUUGUUAUUGGAAUUGUAUGAGAGAGGAGGUGGCACAGUCAGGAAGAUAUGGAAUGCUUCAUCUUCUUCAAGCAUUCCAGUAAACUGGAAGCAGGCAACUGCAGCAGCAACCCUCCAGUCUAAUUUUCGAGUAGAUUUUGUCGCUCGGCAAGAAGGAACUGCCAGUGGCAAAACUGGAUACUUUGCAGUUGAUCAGGUCUCCUUCUCAGGUUGUCAUUUCUCAGAGACACCUGUUGACUCAAGUUCCUACAAUUACAGAGCAUUAACGACUGGCUGUGCUGAUGGUGGCAGAGAAGGAUUCAUACAAAGUACACUAAUUGCUGGUUGCAGUGGCAAGUGGUUUGGGUAUGCCAGUCUGGCGCAAGCUUCAACUGGUGUACCUUGUGGAGGUGACUUUCCCAGUGAUUCACUCAGGCAGAUGUGUAGAAGUCCGGCUGAUCUUUGUGAUACAAAGAAUGGCUGGCGUUUGUGUGGUAGUCUGGGAAGCGUAAGGGACAUAACUGAUCGUACGAGUGCAUCUGCUUGUUACACUGCUGGCUAUGGUCGCUUCUCUGCAGCUAUUGACAACUGCAAUACAGUGAAUGCGUGUCAGAAGCCAAAUUUUGGCAUGAAGUAUGGCUGUAGCCAAUACAAAGCAUCAUGUGAUGCACCGUUUUGCUGUGGAGUUGGCUGCACUGGCACAAGUGCAUGCAAUGGAGGUGUUUUUCCUGGUCAGACGUUCUCUGUACCAAAUCUAAUGUCACAUGAAGGAUGCUCUCACAUUACGUCAGCUCAGGCUGAUGGCGUCUUAUGCUGUUAUGAUCCGAUGCCAACUUCUCCUCCUUCAAUGUUUUGCAAGACAUGCACAUUUGAGACCAAUAUGUGUGAUUGGUCUUUUGUGAAUGGAGGAGCUUCUUGGAAACGAGCAAAAGGAGCUAUUGCUCCUCCUGGUACUCCAAGGUUUGACCACACUAUUGGCAGUCAGAAAGGAUCUUACAUCUAUUUGAGUGCUGGAAGGUCUACGGGACAAGCUAUUAUGGAAAGUGGCUGGAUUUACCCAUCAGCAGAAAACUGCAGUCACUGUAGCUUGCAGUUGUAUUACAACAUUUUCAGUCAAGCAUCCCUGCCAAGCUCUCUAGAAGUGCAUUUUUCAUCACCAUUAUUGGAAAAGCAGCUGUGGUCUGUAACAGCCUCUAGUGCUCAUUCUCAAAAAUGGCAAGUGGCCAUCAUUGAGUUGAACGUUUCUUCAACUGUACAGAGGUUCAAGAUUGUGAUAUCAGGCAUUCAAGGAGAUCAGGGUAAUGACAUUUCUCUCGAUGACAUCUCCUUUCUGCCGUGUAAAGUUCCAACUGCUACAGCUUCAACUGCUACAGCUUCAACCGCUACACUGUCAACCACUACACCGUCAACCACUACACCGUCAACCACUACACCGUCAACCACUACACCUUCAACCACUACACCUUCAACCACUACACUUUCAACUACUACAAUUUCAACCACUAAAGCGUCAACUGCAACUCCAACAAAAAGUACUACAAAAACCAAAACUCCUACAGUAUUUACAACUAUCAUGUCAUCACAAUAUGUGACGUCAAAAUCUACUCCUGCAAGUCCAGACUGCACAGGAUAUUGUAAGAAUGAAGGUACAUGUGUUGUUCGGUCGAAUACACGCACAUGCAGCUGUUUGAUUCAUUAUUCUGGUGAUCGAUGUGAAACUGCUCUAGAUCUUCCAGUUGUUACUGGGAGACCUCACGAAGGGAAAAGCGAUAGCAAUGCUGGAAGGGACGCGGGUAUUGCCGUUGCUGUCAUUGCUUUGGUUAUCAUCGUUAUUGUUGUUGUUGUUGUGCUUGUGAUCUUGUGGAGGAGGAAGCAUCAGAGUUACGCUGUAAACAAACAACAGCCAGGAGGAGAUGUAGGAAUCAGUAAUCCCGUGUAUGGUUAUACUGAGAGUCAAGCGGGUAAUCAAAAUCAAUAUGAUGUAGCGGACUUUACUGCAGAUUCUUCGAAAAGAGAAAGAGAAGCUGCAGCUAGUACUGAUGAAAACAACAUGAAAGAUCCGUAUGACUUCAUGGACAUGCAGUCAGAUUCAGCAAGUGACAAAGGUCUAGUCGUGUAAGGGGACUGAGUUCACAGACGUCUUUCUUGAUAAAUUCUUGAUCAGUAGCUGGUAGUUGUUGGAGAGCUGUUGUCAUUUAAUUAGCAAGCUUAGCAGACAGAAGCUGCAUUUAUGCUCGUCAUUUUAUGUGCAAGUUUUAGUUCCAGAUCCUUGGUACUGUUUCAGUUAAAAAAGAGUAAACAUGUGAUCAAGUUACAGAAGUGAUUGAUGGAUUAGUGUAGUGAAUUGAAAACAAAACGUUAGAGGUUGCA